UCACGCUGCUCUAGUAGAAAAUUGCUGGGGAAAAAGAAAAACGCGAAAAAUGAAAACGCAAUACAGAAAAGCAAAAUUGAAGUGAAACAAAGUGCAAAAACGACGGAGCAAAAGAUUGCGUGCACACAAUUCCCGCGAGGACGACAACAAACCGACUAACUAACGCUAAUAAAAAGUAGCAACGCAGCAGGAGGAGAAGGAGCUAACCACGCCCCCCGCCGCCCCCCAGCGAGAGGUGCCCCGCCCACCCGCAUCUCCACUCUAGAUCAUCAAGAAAAUCAACGAGAAAAAGAAGCAGCCGUUGCAUCCGCAUCCGCAUACACAUCCGCGAUGUCAAGUGAUAAGAUCAAAGUCGCCGUAAGGGUGCGACCCUUCAAUCGCCGCGAAAUCGAACUGGGUACAAAAUGUAUCGUGGAAAUGGAAAAACAGCAGACGAUACUGCAGAAUCCGCCACCACUGGAAAAAAUCGAAAGAAAACAACCAAAGACAUUUGCAUUCGAUCACUGCUUUUACUCACUGAAUCCCGAGGACGACAACUUUGCGUCCCAGGAGACAGUAUUCGAUUGCGUGGGACGUGGAAUUCUGGAUAAUGCAUUCCAGGGCUAUAAUGCGUGCAUAUUCGCUUACGGCCAGACAGGCUCUGGCAAGUCCUACACGAUGAUGGGCUCCCAGGAGAGCAAGGGAAUCAUUCCGCGUCUCUGCGACAAGCUCUUCUCGGCCAUAGCCAACAAAUCCACACCCGAACUGAUGUACAAGGUGGAGGUGUCGUACAUGGAGAUUUACAACGAGAAGGUCCACGAUCUGCUCGAUCCCAAGCCGAACAAACAGUCUCUUAAGGUGCGCGAGCACAAUGUCAUGGGUCCCUAUGUGGACGGAUUGUCGCAGCUGGCGGUGACAUCCUACCAGGACAUCGAUAACCUCAUGACCGAGGGCAACAAAUCGCGAACGGUGGCCGCCACGAACAUGAACGCCGAGUCCUCGCGCUCCCACGCCGUCUUCUCGGUGGUCCUCACUCAGAUACUCACGGAUCAGGCGACGGGCGUCAGCGGCGAGAAGGUGUCCCGCAUGUCCCUGGUGGAUUUGGCUGGCUCCGAGCGAGCCGUGAAAACGGGAGCCGUUGGCGAUCGUCUCAAAGAAGGCUCCAACAUCAACAAAUCUCUAACCACCCUUGGCCUGGUCAUCUCCAAGCUGGCCGAUCAAACGAACGGCAAGAAGAGCGGCAACGACAAGUUUGUGCCCUAUCGCGACUCCGUGCUCACCUGGCUGCUGAAGGACAAUCUGGGUGGCAACUCGAGGACAGUGAUGGUGGCCACGAUUUCACCCUCGGCGGACAACUACGAGGAAACUCUUUCAACGCUACGUUAUGCGGAUCGGGCCAAGCGCAUUGUUAAUCACGCUGUGGUCAACGAAGAUCCCAAUGCCCGCAUCAUUCGUGAGCUGCGACACGAGGUGGAGACGCUCAGGAGCAUGCUGAAACAUGCCACCGGGUCGCCGGUGGGCGAUGUCCAGGACAAGCUGGCUGAGAGCGAGAACCUGAUGAAGCAGAUCUCGCAGACCUGGGAGGAAAAGCUGGUCAAGACGGAGCGCAUUCAGAACGAACGACAGCAGGCGCUCGAGAAGAUGGGCAUCAGUGUGCAGGCCAGUGGCAUCAAGGUGGAGAAGAACAAGUACUAUUUGGUCAAUUUGAACGCCGAUCCGUCCCUCAAUGAGUUGCUGGUCUACUACCUGAAGGAACGAACGCUGAUCGGCGGACGCAGCAUCAGUGGCCAGCAGCCGGACAUUCAACUUUCCGGCCUGGGCAUCCAGCCCGAGCACUGUGUGAUCACCAUCGAGGACAGUGGUCUGUACAUGGAGCCCGUGCAGGGAGCGCGUUGUUUUGUCAACGGAUCGGCAGCUGUAGAGAAGACGCCGCUGCAGAAUGGCGACCGUAUCCUGUGGGGCAACCACCAUUUCUUCCGCGUUAACUCGCCGAAGAGCAAUAACACGAGUAUGUGUGCCUCGGAGCCCCAGACGCCGGCGCAACUGAUUGAUUACAAUUUCGCACGCGAUGAGAUUAUGCAGAACGAGCUGAGCAACGACCCCAUCCAGACGGCCAUUGCUCGGCUGGAGCGUCAGCACGAGGAAGAUAAGCAGGUGGCGCUGGAGAAGCAGCGGCAGGAGUACGAGCGUCAGUUUCAACAGCUGCGCAAUAUUCUGUCGCCCAGUACACCAUAUGCUCCCUAUGCUCCCUACGAUCCGCUGCGCAUGGGCAAGAUUACCCCGAAUACUCCCACUUCGCAGAUGCGGGUGGAAAAGUGGGCGCAGGAACGCGAUGAGAUGUUCCGGCGCAGCUUGGGCCAGCUAAAAACCGAUAUUAUGCGUGCGAAUUCUCUGGUCCAGGAGGCCAACUUCCUGGCCGAGGAGAUGGAGAAGAAGACCAAGUUCUCGGUCACUCUGCAGAUUCCGCCGGCCAAUCUGAGUCCCAACAGGCGGCGAGGCGCCUUCGUCAGCGAACCCGCCAUUCUGGUGAAGCGCACCAACUCGGGCAGCCAAAUCUGGACGAUGGAGAAGCUGGAGAACAAGCUGAUCGACAUGCGCGAGAUGUACCAGGAUCACAAGGAGCGCAUUCUCAACGGAUUGCCCCUUAUAGAGCCAUUCUCAGACGACGAGUACGACGACAAGGACGACGACAGCGCCAAGCCUCAAGAUCCGUUCUACGAGUCGCAGGAGAACCACAAUCUCAUUGGCGUGGCCAAUAUAUUCCUGGAGGUUCUCUUCCACGACGUCAAGCUGGACUACCACACGCCGAUCAUCAGCCAGCAAGGCGAGGUGGCGGGUCGUCUGCAGGUGGAGAUCGAGCGGAUCGCGGGACAGAUGCCGCAAGAUCGCAUGUGCGAGUCGGUCUCCGAGUCAUCCGGCGAUUCGCGGGAUGAGUACGACGACCCGGUGGAUCCCACAUCCAAUCAGAUUACCUGCCGUGUGACCAUCAAGUGCGCCAGUGGCCUGCCGUUGUCGCUCUCCAACUUCGUCUUUUGCCAGUACACUUUCUGGGGUCACCAGGAGAUGGUUGUGCCGGUCAUCAACGCGGAGUCAACGGCCCAUGAUCAGAAUAUGGUCUUCAAGUUCGAGCACACCCAGGACUUUACGGUCACCAUAAACGAAGAGUUUUUGGAGCACUGCAUCGAGGGUGCGCUGUCCAUCGAAGUAUGGGGACAUCGCAGUGCCGGCUUCUCCAGGACAAAGGGCUGGGAAGUGGAGCAGCAGCAAGCGAAGGCCCGUUCCCUGGUCGAUCGCUGGGCGGAGCUGUCGCGCAAGAUCGAGCUUUGGGUGGAGAUCCACGAGCUAAACGACAACGGCGAGUAUUCGCCGGUGGAGGUGACAAAUCGGAAUGAAGUACUGACUGGUGGGAUUUACCAGUUGCGUCAGGGUCAACAGCGGCGCGUGAAUGUGCGGGUGAAGCCCGUGCAGAACUCUGGCACCCUGCCCAUCAUUUGCCAGUCGAUUGUGAACGUGGCCAUUGGCAGUGUGACGGUGCGAUCUCGUUUGCAGCGACCACUAGACUCGUACCAGGAGGAGGAUCUCACUGUGCUGCGCGAGAAGUGGAGCGAGGCGUUGGGACGAAGGCGUCAGUAUCUUGACCAGCAGAUCCAGAUGCUCAUAAAGAAGGAGGAGAAGAACGAGCAGGAAAGGGAACGCGAGCUGAGCCUGGUACAUCAGUGGGUUUCGCUGACGGAGGAGCGCAAUGCGGUCUUAGUGCCGGCUCCUGGUUCGGGCAUUCCCGGAGCCCCCGCCUCGUGGGAACCCCCAUCGGGAAUGGAGCCCCAUGUGCCAGUGCUCUUCCUCAACCUCAAUGGCGACGAUUUGUCCGCGCAGAACACCAACGACGAGCUCUCCGUGGCCGGCAUCAAUUCAAUUUUGUCCAAGGAGCAUGGACACAAGUUCUACACGCUGCAGAUUCUGCAGCACCUGGACAAGGAUGUGUGCUGUGUGGCCAGCUGGGACUCUUCGAUGCACGACAGCCAGGCCCUGAAUCGUGUGACCGAAGCGAAUGAGCGUGUGUAUCUCAUACUGCGCACCACGGUGCGCCUUUCGCAUCCCGCUCCCAUGGAUCUCGUGCUGCGCAAACGGCUGAGCAUAAACAUCAAGAAGGGCCAAACGCUGACCGAUCGCCUCAAGAAAUUCCGACUGGUGCGCGGUGAGAAUGCCAUUUGGCAGAGCGGCGUCACCUAUGAGGUGGUCUCCAACAUUCCAAAGGCCUCCGAGGAGCUGGAGGAUCGCGAAUCGUUGGCCCAGUUGGCGGCUAGCGGUGAUGAUUGCUCGGCAAGCGACGGCGAAACCUACAUAGAGAAAUACACGCGUGGCGUUUCGGCGGUGGAGAGCAUACUGACCCUGGAUCGCCUGCGGCAGAACGUGGCGGUCAAGGAGCUGGAGACGGCCCAUGGACAGCCGCUGAGCAUGCGCAAGACCGUCAGCGUGCCGAACUUCUCACAGGCGGUCAAAGACACCACCAAUACCGGGAGUAUUAUGCGCUUCGAUGCAUCGAUGGAGUCGCUGCUGAAUGUCGGACGCUCCGAGUCCUUUGCCGAUCUCAAUAACAGUGCGUUGGGCAGCAAAUUUACGCCAGCAGGUCACAGUCCAGCAGGAGCAGGCGGAGUCAUCCGGAAUCGCCACAGCUUCGGCGGCAAGGGAAGCAGCGAUGACUCUCCCGGAAAAGCCUUUGGCAUCGGCUCGAUAUCUCUGCUGUCAGCGCGUCCAACAUUUUUGAAUCUCAAUUUGAAUCUGAACACAUUGAGAAUUGCGCCAACGAAACCUUCGCCGGCCACCAGUAAACUGCUGGGCAUGCGCAUGACUACGCUGCACGAGGAGCCGCUGGGUGGACACAAGUCACUGGACGAGGAGCCGGAGGACAGCUACAGCGACUCGGAGUACGCCGCCGAGUACGAACAGGAGCGGCAGCAGAACAAGAGCCUGGCCACGCGCUCCCGCCUCACGGCUUCCAAGACCAUGGACUCCUUCAUGGACGUCAGCAGCCAUUCGAACCAGAGCUACUUGAGCUACACGUCCAGUGCCAAUGCGAACAUGAAGCAUCUGACGGGCCUGGCCACUUUGAGCAUGAGCUCCUCCACCAGCAGUGGCUACGGCUCGCAGGCUGUCUCCUGCAAUAAUCUGAGCAACGAGGAUAUUGCUUCAAUGCGUUCCAUGAGCAUUGAUGAGACGCCAGACUUUGAUCGAGUCAACUCGAAUUCGCCUCCGAAUCGGCAGGCACGAGUCAAUCCCUUCCUCAAGGACAUGCCCAAAGCCAAAGCACAGGAACCGCAAACGGAGCCGCAGGCCAAGAAGCUGCAGGAAACCUUUACGCAUCCGUUGGAGCAGCUGGAGUCCCGGGAGAACGCACAAAGCGACGAGGAUGAGCGCGAACAGCUGCCAAAGAAUAACAACAACAAUGUGGAGGCGGUCGAGGAGCCGACGAAGCAGCAAGAGGAAGCUGAGCUGCCAACCGAAUCACAAACAGAGCUUGCCACAGACAAUCAAAACGGCAACAGGUCCUCCUCCUCCGACGAGGUGAGCCACAGUUCCGAGGAGCUGCUCGAAGGCGAUGGCAUUGUGCGGGAGGAGUUGCCCGCUGGAAAGGUGGUGCGGCGCAAGAAGUCCAACACCCAGCCACCUCCGAUUAAUGGCAACAGCAAUAAUAACAACAAUAACAGCACAAGUCAGGCACCGCGCAUCAAUCAUCGAGCAUCGGUGGCUAAGAUGGAGGGUUUGGCCGCCUACAUGGACUCCAGCAUCAUGUCGAGCAGCACAGAAGUUGAAGAUGAGAGCAAGGAUGUGGAAGUUAUUCUGCCCGAUUGGAUUGUGGUCGGCGAGUCGGUGUUGAUCCGACCCUACAAUACCAGCGGCGUCAUCCGCUUCGUGGGCACCACAGAGUUCCAGCCCGGCGCCUGGAUAGGCGUGGAAUUGGACACUCCGACGGGCAAGAACGACGGCACCGUGAAGGGCAUUCAGUAUUUCCAGUGCAAGCCCAAGCACGGCAUGUUCGUGCGCUCCGACAAGCUGAUGCUGGACAAGCGCGGCAAGGCGAUGCGAGCCUACAAGGCCGCCGAGAAGAGCAACAGCAUCAGCAAAGAGAUGAGCACCUCGAUGACCGGCUCGAUGACACGCUCCAAGAGCCGCGGCGAUUCGCUAAACCUGUCGGCGCGCAAAUGAUUGUACCCCAAGUGUUCGCAUCAGCUGCAGCGUUGGACUAAUUGCAGGCAGUCGACGGUGGCCACCAGUGGUGCUGCUGCCAGCACGCCGGCGACCUGCCACAGAUUGCGUGCAACCAGCGGCGCUGCAGAUGCGAACAGUCAUGGCAAGAAGUGCUAUGCCAAUCGACGCUCGACGGCCUUCUAAGGUCGCCGCCCAGGAUGACAAUGUCGUCAAGCAACGAACAAUGCGGAGCAUAAUCCACAUGCCAACCAUAUUCUAGCUUACUUAACUAUUCUCACACCAUGCCGCAAAUGAAAUGCCGUACACUUAACCCCACGCUUCUCUAAGUAGUUUAAGGCGGUGUCUACAGCAGAACUAAUUACUAAUCUAGCUAAACUAAACUAUACGAAACGAAACGAAUCGAAAACUAAACUAAGCCAGGCGGGCAUUCGCGUAGUUGCAAUACC